AUGGUGCAGCUCCGCAGCUCGCUCAGCAUGACCCGGGCGCGUACCCGCAGCGACUCGGACGACGCCGACGACCGCGGCUGGAGCCAGCUCCACGUCGCCGCCCGCAAGGGCAACCUCAAGGAGGUGAGACGUCUCCUGAAUGAAGGCAUGAAUGUCAAUGCACCCACAUGGGGACCAAAGUCUCCUGGCGCUACUCCGCUGCACCUUGCUGCUCAGGGCGGGCAUGUGAAAAUCAUGGAUGAACUAUUGGAGCGCGGUGCAAAUAUUGAUGCCCGAACAAAAGGAGCUUGCGGCUGGACUCCCCUGCACAUUGCUGCCAAGGAAAGAAACAAGAGGGUGGUCAGGUUCCUUGUCGAGAACGGCGCAUUCCUGCCCCCUGACCUGAACGACCACAGGUUCAACCCACCCCUCCACUACUGCUCUGGGCUGGAGUGGGCGUACGAGAUGAAGCGCAUGCAGGACGAGAGUGACUCGGGCGGCGAAGCUUCCUUAAGCUCAUCCAGCUAG